CAUUUUAUUGCAAAUAUUUUCUAAUUUCCAUUGUGAUGUCUUCUUUGACUCAUGGAUUAUUUUGAAGCGUGUUGUUUAAUUUCCUAACAUUGGACAACUUUCCAGGUAUCUUUCUGUUAAUGAUUUCUGAUUCUUUUGUGGUCAAAUAACAUUCUCUGUAUGAUUUCAAUCCUAUUCAAUACACUGAGACUUGUUUUAUGGCCUAGCCUAAACUUAUUUUGGUGAAUGUUUCAUACGCACUUGAAAAAAAAAAGAGAAUUCUACUCUUUGGGGAAUGGUAUAGUGUGUAAAUGUUAAUUAGGUCAGUUAGUUUAUAGUGUUUUUCCAUUUUUUAUAUACUUAUAGAUUUUAUCAAAUUCAGAAAAUAUUUGGCAUUAUCUCUUAAAAUAUUUUCCUGCCCUUCCUCCACCUAUUUUCCCAGAUACUCCAACUGUAUGUAUGUUAGACCACUUGCUAUUGUCACUGAGGCUCUGUAAUUUUUUAAUUUUUUUUCUCACUGUCCUCUGAUUUGGAUAAUUUCCAUGGCCAUGUCUUCGGGGUCACUGAUCUUUCCUUCUGCAGUGUCUAAUCUAUGUUUAAGCUCAUCUUUUUAAUGUUUUAUUAUUGACGUUGUAUGUUUCAGCCUUGGAGUUCUAUUUAGUUCUCUUUUGUAUCUUCCAUUUCUCUCCUCAUUAUGUCCAUGUUUUCCUUUAAAUCUCUAAACAUAUUUACAGUGGUUGUUUCAACUUCCUUGUCUGCCAGCCCCAUCAACUCUGUCAUUUCUGGGUUUGCUUCUAUAAAGAGUUUUAUCUCUUGGGUACGGGUGACAUUUUCCUCUUCUUCAUGUGUCUAGUAAUUUUUUAUCGAAUGCUGGACUUCUGUGAAACAAUAAUGUAACACUGCUGAACUCUGCGCUUUGUCUCCUUCCUUUAAAGACGCUGGACUUUGUUCUGGCUGGCAGUUGCUACCUGUGGAUGAGCCUGAUGCUUCCGACACUCCCGCACUUGUUUUUAUCAGGACAGAUCUAGAGAGGCCUUGGCUCUGGGGCGGGUUUAGUGCUGCUGUUCAGAUGGGACUCUCCUGAGAUCUGCACUAAAUGCCUCUGGAGUUCAGCGAGCUCACGCUGGUUGUCUGGAACUCUGAUGUCACUCGGCCUUGGACCUGCGCCCCCUGGACAUCCUGGCAGAGGCAGUCCCUCCGGACAGCGCUGCGGGCGGAGUCAGGGUGACUCGGGUUCAAGGUGUGCGAGGACUCCAGCUCUCGGCCGCCAGCCCCCACGCCAUGAGCUUCCCUGCGUCGAGGAUUUUCGUCAGAUGCGACCUCUUCCCUGAAGAAUUUUCCAUCGUUGUCACCUUGAAAGUUCCCAAUCUUCCCCCAAAGAAGAACGAGUACCUGCUCGCGGUGGUGGCAGAGGACCGGGAUGCGCUGCUGCUCGGCCUGCGCUACUCGCCCACCCAGCUGCACUUCCUGUUCCUCCGCGAGGACUCGGCCGGCGCCUGGCAGACCCGUGUGUCCUUCCGCAGUCCGACACUGAUGGACAGCCAGUGGCACACGCUGGUCUUGGCCGUGUCUGAAGGAUCCUUUUCCCUCACCACGGACUGCGGCCUCCCCGUGGACAUAAUGGCUGACGUGCCCUUCCCGGCCACCCUAUCCAUGCAAGGAGCCCGGUUCUUCAUCGGCAGCCGGAGGAGGACCAAAGGCCUGUUCACGGGCCUGCUGAGGCAGCUGGUCCUGCUGCCUGGCUCGGAUGCCACACCCAGGCUGUGCCCCUGCAGGAACGCCGAGUUCGCCUUGCUGUCCAUCCCCCGCAUCCUGCGGGGUUUCACAGGGAAGCCAGAAGAGAAUGAGGUGCUAAGAUAUCCCUAUGAAACCGACAUGAAGGUGACACUGGGAUCCCGACCUCCCUGUACCAAAUUGGAGGAUGCCCAGUUCUGGUUUGACGCCAGCAGGAGGGGGCUAUACCUGUGCGUGGGCAGCGAGUGGGUCUCUGUGUUAGCAGCCGAAGAAAAACUGGACUAUGUGGAAGAGCAUCAGAGCCUGUUCACCAACUCGGAGACACUGGGCAUCGAGGUCUUUGUCAUCCCUGAGGCCGGGCUCUUUGUAGCAACUGCCAAUCGGAAGACCACCUCUGCCAUCUACAAAUGGACCGACGGGAAGUUCGCCUCGUACCAGAACAUCCGCACGCACCAAGCUCAGUCCUGGAGACAUUUCACCAUCGGGAAAAGGAUCUUCCUGGCCGUGGCCAACUUUGAACCGAAUGAAAAGGGUCAGGAGUUCUCCGUCAUUUACAAAUGGAGCCAGAGAAAACUGAGGUUCACGCCGUACCAGAGGGUCCCCACCCACAGCGCCCGCGACUGGGAGGCCUUCCAGGUGGCUGGGGAGUACUUCCUCGCUGUGGCCAACCAUCGGGAAGGUGACAACCACAACAUCAACAGCGUCAUCUACAAGUGGAACCCAAGGACCCGCCUCUUCGAGACCAACCAGACCAUCGCCACCUCUGGCGCCUACGACUGGGAGUUCUUCACUGUGGGGCCCUACUCCUUCCUGGCGGUCGCCAAUGCCUUCAACGGCACAUCCACCAAGGUGCUCUCCCACCUGUACGUCUGGCUCGUCGGCUCCUUCCAGCUCUUUCAGUCUUUCCAGACGUUUGGCGCCGCGGACUGGGAGGUCUUCCGCAUCGGAGAGAGGACCUUUCUGGCUGUGGCCAACAGCCACAGCUACGACGUGGCAAUGCAGGUACAGAACGACUCCUACGUCAUCAACUCCGUCAUCUACGAGCUGAACGUCAGCGCCCAGGCCUUCGUCAAGUUCCAGGAGGUCCUCACCUGCAGCGCCCUGGACUGGGAGUUCUUCUCUGUGGGAGAGGACUAUUUCCUAGUGGUUGCAAACUCCUUCGACGGGAAAACCUUCUCAGUCAACAGUAUUAUUUACAGGUGGCAGGGAUACGAAGGCUUCGUGGCCAUGCACAGCCUCCCGACCUUUGGCUGCAGGGACUGGGAAGCCUUCCGCACCGCGGCCGGCGCCUACCUCAUCUACUCCAGCGCCAAGGAGCCCCUCUCCCGGGUCCUGAGGCUGAGGACGGGGUGAUGGCCCCGGGGCCCCCAGGAACAGGACCUGCCUGGCCGCACCCCAGAACCCUGCCAAGGAACCCUGGAAGCUCCAGGGGGACGAGCCCAGGCAGCAUGGCUUCCACUGCAUCCUCCCUGGCCCUUAUGCAGUCGGGGACAUCCAUCACCUCUCCGCCCCGGGAACCGUGGUGGCCGGACCCCGUGGCUGGUGGACGGUCAGGCGGAAGACCAGAGCCGCCCCUGCUCAUCUGGGUGCCCCACAGGGAUUUCCCUUCAAAGGAAAAGUUCACACAAAGUUUUACCUCAAAAUCAGCAGGGCCUACGUCACCUUCCCCGUUGGCGAGCCCAGACUCGGGACAGGCUUGCCACUGUUUUCCAUGUUCG